AUGGAAUCUUUGGCGACAAACAUCUAUCUCCUUACGCUGAACUGCCGGUCGCUGUCAAGUGAACUGCAUAUCGCACUCUACAUAGACUGCGAUUUCUGCAUGCACCGCUUGCUGCAUUGCAGGAAACACGCAUCAGGGAUCGCCCUUCUCAUCAGUAUCGACAAUUACGUCAUCUUCUGCGGCGAUGCUGAUGAAGGGAAAGUAGGAGGCUGCGCAAUAGUUGUUAGGAGCGAUUAUAGGAGAAGGAAGUUGCGUCGUCAACUGCAACAAGACGGCGAUAACGAGUGGACGUCAAGUGCAAAGGAGUUUGAAAAGGCGUGGGAGGACAAGAACCCGCGGGAAGCCUAUGCUUUACUAAAACAGUAUAGCGGCAAAAUGAAAAGAUGUUCUCCUGUCCCUAACAUUACCAAUGGAGUGGCUGUCGAUGAAGCAGCCCUUCCAAUUUGGAGGGAUCACUGCAAGACCUUGCUGAACCGACAGACACCGUCAGCUUCUGAACUCGAGCACGUUCAUAGGCCGACAUAUGCGGUUAACGAGGAGCCACCGACCGAGUCGGAGGUUCUAGUCUGUAUUCAAAAAAUGAAGGAUAGAAAAUCUGGUGGAGAUGACGGGAUUAGUGCAGAAAUGUUGAAAUAUCUUCCUCCGUCUGGGAUUCGCGAGGGUGAUCGAAAUCUGGCAGCGGUAUUCCAAGCCAAUGCAAUUAGCUUUCUGGACUUUGAAGCCGCUUUCGACUCUCCUCAUCGAGGCCUUCUUCUCAACGCGCUCCUCGCCGAUGGAGUACCAGGAAAGUUCGUUCGCUUGCUUGAUGAUAAGAAUCAAGGAACAACUGCUGCUGUUCGAACAGCCGAAUGUGCAAUGCCGUUUGAGGUGGUGACUGGAGUUAGACAAGGGGCAGUGGCAGGACCCUUCCUGUUCCCAACUUCGCUAUCGCUGGCAUCAUGCGAAGAACAGUCCAUUGUGUCCUGGCGACAUAGUCUUAGCACCAUCAGGGUACCCCUUGACCGAUCUUGA